UCGCUAGGGGGAGCUGUGACGUAGAACAGCGGAGAAGAAGACAUGGCCGCUGCUCGGGGGAAAGUUUCCAGAGUUUCUAUAAAGACUCUAAAACCAGGAUUUUAUUUUUUCUCAAGACACUUUGAGUUAAUUUCUUUUUUUAUGGUGUCCUUGGUUGUGAGACCAGAGGAUUAUUUUGACGUCGAUGUGCGUGUUUUUGGAUUACUCUGGAUUACUCUCUCCGCGCUGCAGGCCGUGCUGGUAAUAAGCUGCAGAGAGCGCCGAGCAUGCUGAGCUGAGGAUGCUGGGAAGCUUCUGUCUCUGCACGUGACACAACCACUGCUAUCAGUUUUUGGGUUGGUAUGCAAUCCAGAUACCUAAAUGGAUGAGCACAAGCACUGAAAAAUUCAGGAGGAACUCUGGUCAGUGUCUCUGUGACUCACGGCUGCUGAGGAUGGACGCUCGCAUCUUCACCCUGCAUGUCCUGACGCUCUGCUGCCUCAUUCACGGGUCCCUGCAGGGUGUUCACCAGCGGCGGCUCUACAAGGAGCUGAUGAGGAACUACAACCCGUUAGAGCGACCGGUCAGCAACGACUCCCACAGCCUGACCGUCCACUUCAGCUUCAGCCUGCUGCAGAUCAUGGACGUGGAUGAGAAGAACCAGGUGCUGACCACCAACAUCUGGCUGCAGCUGUACUGGACAGAUUUCUACCUGCAGUGGAACAAGUCCGACUAUCCAGGUGUGACCAACGUCAGAUUCCCCGACAGCCAGAUCUGGAGGCCCGACAUCCUGCUGUACAACAGCGCUGAUGAAAGGUUCGAUGCCUCCUUCCACACCAACAUCCUGGUCAACUCCACCGGCUACUGCCAGUACCUGCCACCAGGAAUAUUUAAGAGCACCUGUUACAUCGACGUUCGCUGGUUUCCGUUCGACGUUCAGCGCUGCGACCUGAAGUUCGGCUCGUGGACGUACGGCGGCUGGUCUCUGGACCUGCAGAUGAUCGAGGCCGACAUCACCGGAUACAUCGCCAAUGGAGAGUGGGACCUCGUGGAGGUUCCUGGACGGAGGAACGAGCGUUUCUACGACUGCUGUAAGGAGCCGUACCCCGACGUGACCUUCACCGUGGUGAUGAGGAGGAGGACGCUCUACUACGGACUCAACCUCCUCAUCCCUUGCGUCCUCAUCUCCACCCUCGCUCUCCUCGUCUUCCUGCUGCCCGCCGACUCUGGAGAGAAGAUCUCCCUGGGUAUCACAGUGUUGCUCUCUCUGACCGUCUUCAUGCUGCUGGUAGCUGAGAUCAUGCCGGCGACAUCUGACUCUGUUCCUCUCAUAGCUCAGUACUUUGCAACCACCAUGGUGAUCGUGGGUCUGUCGGUCAUCGCUACAGUUCUGGUUCUGCAGUAUCAUCACCACGACCCCGAUGGAGGAAACAUGCCACAAUGGACCCGUGUGAUUUUGUUGAACUGGUGCGCCUGGUUCCUGCGGAUGCGUCGUCCUGGCGAGGCAAAGGUCCGUCUGGCGUGCCACAACGCCGCCAAGCGUCGUCGUGGCAGCCUGUCCAGCCUGGAGCUCAGCGUCAGCCAGGGGUCCCUGCGACAUCACCCGCAGGUAACCAACGGCAACCUCCUGUACGUGGGCUUCCGGGGGAUGGAGGGGUUGCACUACGCCUCGCCUUCUGAACCGGAGCUCCUCUGUUCACGGCUGGUGGGGGGCGCCGUGGGCGGGGAGCAGGCUGGAGGAAGAGGAGGAGGGGCGGUGGGGAGCUCCACCCUGGAGGCGGAGCUGAACCAGAUACUGGAGGAAGUGAGAUACAUCGCCGGGCGUUUCCGCGGCCAGGACGAGGAGGAGACGGUCUGCAGCGAGUGGAAGUUCGCUGCAGCGGUGAUCGACCGGCUGUGCCUGGUUGCGUUCUCGCUCUUCACCAUCCUCUGCACCAUCGGCAUCCUCAUGUCGGCUCCCAACUUUGUGGAGGCCAUCUCCAAAGAUUUCUUCAGCUGAGGAGGAGGAGGAGGAGGAGAGGAGGUCUACUGUCUUUAUUUUUCUUACCGUCAACAAAUCCUCUGUACAGACCCAACCCAACAACGUGUUCGUCUGUCCAUCUCUCAAUACUGUCUGACUUCCUAUCUGUGGCUCUCAUCUCCAAGCCCAUUGGUUCCUACUUUAAAAACACCUCCCAAAGAUAAAGUCAGUGUGUUGCUAGCUCGGGAGCUGUUUACCUUCGUUGUACACAACUCUCUGAAUUGCUGCCCACAUCUCGAGCUCCAGACUCUCUCUAAGCCGGGAGGUAAAUAGCUUAGUUUAGCAUAAACACAGACAGAAAUAUAAAAACAACAAUUUGUGGUUUUAGAAGGAGCAACAUUGCUAAAUUCUUGUUGUUUUUUAUACGGACAAAAACAAACAAGUCACUCCUAUUAUUAGUCCUUGUCUUACUUCUAUUUGGGGGGAUAAUCAUGCUCCUUUAGUCACCCCUCCUACACAGACAUCAGCAAACAUGAACACAGUGUCAGUCUGAAAAAUGAAGUGAAAUCAAAUUCAGUCAAAUUACCAAACUGCACAAACGUGCUCGCUUACAUUAGUUAAGAACAGCGAACGUAGACAGUAAGCGUGUAUUCAGCUUAGUUUUGGCCUUUGUAUGUGGUGUAUACAUCCUCCUACAUGCAUUGUUGGUGGAUUAUCCAUUUAAAGGAGAAUAGCAUAUGGAACAAAAUAUUUUAAAAUCAAACUUCAGCAUCUCACGAUCUUCAUCCAGUGAACUGGCUCAGAUGUCAUCAGAGGCCUGUACUAGGAAGCGAGUUCAACAUACCCAGGGUGUAUCUUCUCGUUAUCUGGCUUCACUAACCCUAACAAACCAGAUCCCGCUAAGCAGUCCUACGACGCUGGUUAU